AAAUAAAAAAAUAAUAAAAAAGUUGAAUAGUAAAGACGAAAAAUUCAUAAAAGAAAACCACCUAUAUUCUGAACAAAGAGACUAAUAAAUUAUAUUUAUAAAAUUUAAUAUAAAUAUACAUACAUUAACACACAAACCCUACACCCACAACAUAAUCCACGCCGCCGCCCUUCCCACCCCCCCUACCCCAACUCCCUUCUUCCCCUACCUUUUCCUACUUCGUUUCUGUUUGUUUGAUUUUUAUUGGAAAGCGUAGUUUAAAUAAAAGGAAGGAAAGCGUGUUUAAUAUAGAAGGUUGAGAAAAGCGUGUUUUAAAUUAUGAGCAACGAUUCUGGCUCUUUUUCCCUCCAAAAAUCUGGGUAUUAAAAAGCGUGGCGAUUUCCCGCCAUAACAAGCCCUAGAGGAAGCAAAGACGAACGAUCAGUUUUACGCAGAGCCGUGGGGAUAAAAUUGCUGUCAAAGCUGUAGCAGUCGAGUGUUUAUAUCUGUACUAAGCCCUGAAAAAUUUACUUUCGUCGAUUUCUGAAUUACCUCGAUUCAUUCCUGGUGGUGGUUGGUGUUAAGAGGGCAUAGAUUAGACAAGGAAAAAAGGCUUCUUGCAAUUGUGUCAUCAAAUCUUAGUUUAAGAAAACAGGGUUGGGUAUGAAUACAAUGGCCCUACAAAAUAGAUCCUCUGUGGGCGCCGAAGCAGUUCUUGGACUUCAACCCAACUCAUCAGUCUCUAUUGCUUAUCACCCUCAGUUUGGACCUCACAACGACCUUAUGCUUCUUGAAGUCGACGAGAAGCUUCUGCAAGAAAUCCUUCAUCAAAGAGUAACCUUAAGAGGCCAGCCCGAUGAAGAUGCAGUUCUUUGUACACCAUCAAAGACCUAUGCUGUUAAAUUUGUGGGUUCAUCCAAUUCCGUAUUUCUCAUUCCUCCGUCGGAGUUAUAUUACAGCAAUGAUGAUGAUAGCUUGGCAGUUGCACCUGUCCUCAAAGUUGCAUCAGGUUGCAUGGAGUUAGUUGAGGCAGCACCUAAAUUAGAUAAACUUAAGUUUCUUCUCAAUCAAAAUCCUUACAGUUACGCCGAAGCCUCGGAGAUGGAAAUCCCGGAAGAGGGGGAGAAAACAAACAAGGGUCUAUACAGAUGGGAGGAUCUUCUUGACAGAUUACAGGCAAGUGAUGAGGAACUAAGAUCAGCUCUACAAUCCAUACCAUCAGUCGAAAUUAACGGUUACUGGCGCAUCGUAGAUGAGCAGUACAUGAAUGGUGUUCUAAACAUGCUCUUGCACAACAUCGUAUUGAAUGACUGGUCCAUGGAUGCACUUGAUGAAGAUGAAGUCGUGCGCGCGCUGGAAGCAGAUGGAUUUCCUAGGAGCAUUGCCGAGCAUUGCUUGCGAGUAUAUUCUAACAAAUUAGACUCCGGCGAUGGCGAAAGAAGCUGCACGUGGAAGCUGGACGAGAAGCGCGUGUGUGUGAAGUUAGCUCGAGAGAUUCUUCGAGAAAGGAAGAUAAAAAUCGAGAUGUUCAUGGAGAAAUGGAGGAAGAAAGCCCCUGAGGGAAUGAAUCCCAGUUUCGACAUGCUGGAAGGCGAAGUUUUAGUCGAAAAGAUCGGGAUGGAUAGCCAGGUGUAUUUGUUCCGAGUAUCAGAUCUCCCGUCGACCCCGGCCGAACGAUUUUCGAUACUUUUCAAGGAGAGGGCUAAGUGGGAGUGGAAGGAUUUAGAGCCAUAUGUCAGGGAUCUAAAAGUACCUGGGCUUUCAUCAGAAGGUUUGCUCCUGAAAUACAGUAGAAGAACUCAGCCAACAGCUGAGGCAGAACCUAUUUUCAGUUCAAGAUAAAAUCAUCAUUAUUUUUAAUUUCAUAUAUA